AUGAAGAGGACACAGAAUGUAGAAAAACCAAUGCUUACAGACUUCAAUGCGUACUAUACAGAGGGCUUAGUAAUGACCACAAAAGGAAUAGAAAUUGAGUAUACCAGUGUGCUCUCAUUUGUAAUGAGCAUAGAUCUCUCAUGCAACAAUCUUUCUGGGAUGAUUCCAAUAGAAUUGGUAAAUCUCCAUGGACUGCGUUUCUUGAAUCUCUCUAAUAAUCACUUCACAGGAAAGAUUCCGAAAAAUAUUGGUGCCUUGACACGGUUAGAAUCACUUGAUCUGUCAGUGAACAAUCUCUCAGGCAUGAUUCCCUCAACUAUUUUUUCCAUGUAUUAUUUGAAUCACUUGAACUUGUCCAACAAUAACUUAUCAGGAAAAAUUCCAUGGGGAAACCAAUUACAGACAUUCUGUGAUCCCUCCAUUUGUAGUGGCAAUCCUGAUCUUCAUGGAUGGCCUUUUCCAUGGUGCUUUAACGGUGCCCCUUCUAAAAGUCCAUUUCAAAAUAGAGGACAAGAGGAGGAACAUGGAAAUGGUGAUGAGUCUGAAAUGAUAUGGUUUCAAGCUUGCUCUGCACUAGGUUUUGUUAUGGGGCUCUUGGGGUUCAUCUAUGUGCUCAUGAUCAAACGAGCUAUAAGGAUUGCUUAUUUCCACAUGAUUGACAAGACGUACGAUUACAUCUAUGCGCAAGUAGCAAUAAGAUUAUCUCGUCCAUCUCACACAAUGGCUCAAGAAAAGGUACUUGGAAACCAAGAUGAAAAGAUUCUGAAAUGA